GUCAGGCAUGUACUGUUCUCCUGGCAACCACCAAACCCAGAUACGUUUUCCAGACAGAGAAGCGUGAUUCAUCACUCCAGAGAACACGUCUCCACUGCUGUAGAGUGCAGUGGCGGCGCGCUUUACACUACUACAUCCAACGCUUUGCAUUGCACUUGGCGAUGUAAGGCAUGGAUGCAGCUGCUUGACCAUGGAAACCUAUUCUAUGAAGUUCUCUACGCACUGUUGUUGUGCUAAUCUGAAGCCCACAUGAGGUUUGGAGGACUUCAGCUAUUGACUCUGCAGACAGUUGGUGACUUCUGAGCAUCGCUUCAGCAUGUGCUGACCCCGCUCUGUUAUUUUACGUGACCUACCACUUUGUGGCUGAGUUGCUGUUGUUCCCAGUUGCUUCCACUUUGUUAUAAUAACACUAACAGUUGACCGUGGAAUAUUUAGUAGCAAGGAAAUUUCAUGGAUGGACUUAUUGCACAGGUGACAACCUAUCACAGUACCACGCUUGAAUUCACUGAGCUCCUGAGAGCGACCCAUUCUUUCACAAAUGUUUGUAGAAGCAGUCUGCAUGCCUAGGUGCUUGAU